AUGGGACAGUGGUGGAGCAAGUUCUUGCAGUUCUUCAAGUGUAAUAAAGGAGGUGACACAAAGGAUCAACAGGCAUUGUGUCCGGAACACGCUAGCAAAAACGUUCACCAUAUAACUACUAAACAGAUACAUUUUUCGGAUCGAUAUAUAUAUAUGCAUCAAGUGUCCUUCAUUCUCGUUGUGAAUUUCAGUGCACCUUGGUCGGCUCCUUGUAGAUCAAUAUCACCAGAACUCGUGGAUAAAUAUACUUCUCUAGUGUUCCUAACUUUCGAUGUUGGCGAACUUGCAGAAUUUAGUAAUUCAUGGGAGAUAAGUGCUACUCCAACAUUCAUUUUCAUUAAAGAUGGAAGGCAAGUGGACAAAUUUGUGGGUGCUGACCAGGCAGAACUCAAAAGGAAGAUAGCAGAAGUCGCUGCUAGCAAGUUUUAA